GCCGCCGGGCGCCCUUCACGGGCCCCACAAUGGCGGCAGCCUGGGUGGGCCCCGCGCAGGUGACUGUGACCUUCAGUGAUGUGGCUGUGACUUUUACCCAGGAGGAGUGGGAGCAGCUGGGCCCAGCCCAGAGGACCCUGUACCAGGAGGUGAUGCUGGAGAACUGUCGGCUCCUGGUGUCCCUGGGGUGUCCUGUGCCCAACCCUGAACUGAUAUACCAUCUGGAACACUGGCAAGAAAUACAGAAAGUGAAAAGAGACCCCUCCAAGAAUUUCUGUCCAGGUAACAAAGGAAACCUUCUGAUCACAGAACUUACCUUUUAUGAGCCAGCUGUAUCUGAGGGAACCUCACUCCAGGCAGAGCUGAUCCGAGGAGGCCCUGGAGACUCCCAGGAGUGCCAGACCAGGGACCAGAAUGGAGCAUCAGAGGUGCUGGGAGGACAUGUUAGGACACAACAAGACCCUCCCUCAGAGAUGCUCCCUGAGAACUUGAGCCCUGAAGGGGGUGACUUCAGGUCAGCUGAAGGCAUGUGUGCAGGAAUCUCACAAGAGCCAUUCCCUGCUGGCAGUGCUGUCCUUAACCAGAACAUCUGGGAGUCAGGGGAAGAUCCUGUGGUCCAGGAAGAGGAAAAUUUCUUCAAAUGCAAUGAAUGUGGGAAGGUUUUUAACAAAAAAUGCCUCCUUGCUCGACAUGAGAGGAUCCAUUCUGGAGUGAAACCCUAUGAGUGCACAGAGUGUGGGAAAACCUUUAGCAAGAGCACUUACCUCCUUCAGCACCACAUGGUCCACACUGGUGAAAAGCCCUAUAAGUGCAUGGAGUGUGGGAAAGCCUUCAAUCGCAAGUCACACCUUACACAGCACCAGCGCAUCCACAGUGGAGAGAAACCUUAUAAGUGCUCUGAGUGUGGGAAGGCCUUCACUCACCGCUCCACUUUUGUCUUACAUAACAGGAGCCACACUGGAGAAAAACCCUUUGUCUGCAAAGAGUGUGGAAAAGCCUUUCGAGACAGGCCGGGUUUUAUUCGCCACUAUAUCAUCCACAGUGGUGAGAAUCCCUACGAAUGCUUUGAGUGUGGCAAGGUCUUCAAGCACAGGUCAUACCUCAUGUGGCAUCAGCAGAGUCACACUGGGGAGAAGCCGUACGAGUGCAAUGAAUGUGGGAAAGCCUUCUGUGAGAGCGCAGCCCUCAUUCACCACUACGUCAUCCACACUGGGGAGAAGCCCUUUGAAUGUCUUGAGUGUGGGAAAGCCUUCAACCACAGGUCGUACCUCAGGAGGCACCAGCGCAUACACACCGGGGAGAAGCCCUAUGUGUGCACUGACUGUGGAAGGGCUUUCACCCACUGCUCUACUUUCAUCUUGCAUAAGAGGGCCCACACAGGAGAAAAGCCAUUUGAGUGCAAAGAAUGCAGAAAAGCCUUUAGUAACCGAGCAGACCUGAUCCGGCACUUUAGCAUUCACACGGGGGAGAAGCCUUUUGAGUGCCUAGAAUGUGGAAAGGCCUUCAACCGCAGGUCAGGUCUCACGAGGCACCAGCGUGUCCACAGUGGAGAGAAGCCCUAUGAGUGUGGGGAGUGUGGGAAGUCCUUCUGCUGGAGCACGAACCUGAUCCGCCACUCGGUCAUCCACACAGGAGAGAAGCCCUAUGAAUGUAGCGAGUGUGGAAAGGCCUUCAGCCGGAGCUCUUCCCUCACACAGCAUCAAAGGAUUCACACUGGGAGAAACCCUGUUGAUGUGGCAGGUGUGGGAGGGCCCGACACCAGUGGGCCGAUCUCGGAUGACCUCCAGGAACUCCUGUCCAGGAAAAACCUUUUGGAUAUAACCACUGAGGAAAAUCUUUUGCCAGAGAAGACAUCUUCCACAGAAUCUGGUCAUUCAUGCCAAAGAAAGACCUCUCAGAUUUCUUCCCUGUAAGGAAAAUAUUUUGCAGAAUAUGCUUUGUCAUCUAAAAAGUAAUGGUGGAAAUUGACCCAUCCUAGAGCCUUAUUCUAUAUCGAGCAUCAUCGAGGAAAAUGACCCUAUGAUUAUUUUGAACCCAGGAAUAUCUUUAAAUAUGGUUUUCUUUUUCUCUUUUUUCCCUUUAGUUUACACUCCAGCAUUAUCUCAGGAAUUCUUUUUACAGGAAGGAAGAGACUUAGAAUGUAAAAUUAUCUACAGAUUUUUUCUUUUGGACAGCCUUGCCAAACUGACAUUUGCAUGGAUUCCUACUUUUCCCUCUGAGAGAGAUUCUUUCAGAGUGAAAGACCUUUACUAUAUGUCUUUUAAACACAUUCAUUGUAGUUGAAUAAGACAGUGGAAAACAAAUCUGGAGAUUUUUCAUUGA